UAUUUUUGAAAUAUUCAGUUGCAGAACAAGAAGAGAUGUUUCCUACGGAAUUUAGUUUGUGACUGCUAAUAGAACUAUAGUGAUCUUUAAAAAGUUUAAAUCAGGCAUGGCGUCCAGAUCAGGCUAUCGACCACGUAGGACUCGCAUAUACGGAGCCAACUAUGAUAUUGGAGAGAGCUAUUACAAAAAACAACUAGAUAAUUUAGACAAUAAAAAAGGAACUGGAAGAUUCAGUGAUACACCAUUUCAUUUGGAUAUGAAUACAAAAGAAGACAGAUAUAGUCCAAAAGUGUCAUUUUUAAAUGAAAACAACGAAGACGAUCUAUUCAAAUAUACACCUAAAAAUGAUUUUAAAAAUAAAUCUUAUUUGGUUGAUGAUUCAGAUGAUGAAUAUACUUUACCCAAAAUUAAAUCAAUAAAGCCGAAGUUGGAUAGCACUUUUGACGAUGAUUUUUUUGGAGAAAAUAUUAAAACCAAUUUUCUAAAAAAGCACGAUUUUCAGGCUAAGGAAAGAACGCCGUUAGCAAAUGAUUUCAAUAAUGAAAUUCAAAGCGGAUUUACUUCAAGACGCAUAAAAAUUCGAAGUGAGAACGUUUUGCUUGACGACAAGGAUGCUUCCUUUGAAGCUGUAUCUAGGGCAAAAGCUUCAAAGGCCCGCUUGGCUGAUUUGGAGUCAGAAAUGUUAAGCAUAACAGAGAAACAAAACGAAAGAGAGAAAAGAAAACAUGGAUUAAGGAAACUUCUCGGUGAAAGUGAAUCGGACACUCUUAAUUCCUUAAAAAAAUUAACACUUUAAAGUAAGCUACUAAAUUAAAUGUUGUUAAAAUUAAACUAUC